AUGGCUGUGCGCUGUGCCCCUGGCUGUGUUGUGAAGAAGGAUGAUGGGAGAGAUGGAGGCCGCGAGGGGACUGAAGGGUUUAUCAUGAACAUGUCUUCUUCAAAGAUACUCCACAUCAAUAUUCUCAUCCUUAUCUUGCAACAAAUUUUUGUUCUUAUCACUCAAUCAAAAGAUGUUUACAUUGUGUAUAUGGGAAACAUAAUCCAUCAGACAUCUAAACAUGUUGAAGCCUCUCACCAUGAGAUUCUCACAAAUUUGCUUGGAAGCAAAGAAGUUGCGGAAGAAUCAAUUUUAUAUAGCUACAAGCAUGGAUUUUCAGGGUUUUCAGCAGUUUUGACCGAAUCUCAAGCCAAGAAAAUUGCAGGUUUCCCCGAAGUUAUUUCUGUAUUUCCUAAUAGAAUGCUUAAGCUACACACAACUAGAAGUUGGGACUUUCUAUAUGUAAAAUCCCAAUUUACAAAUGGAAUACUUCGUAAGGGUAAUUUUGGUGCUGGAGUAAUUAUCGGCUUCCUUGAUACUGGAAUAUGGCCCGAGUCUGAAAGUUUCAUAGAUAACUAUAUGAAAGAGGUUCCUUCGACGCGUUGGAAUGGCACAUGUCAAGAAGGGGAAAAGUUCAACAGAUCCAGCUGUAAUAGGAAAAUUAUUGGUGCAAGAUGGUACAUUAAAGGAUAUGAAGCUGAGAACGGAAAGUUUGAUCCAAACAAGUUUGGCGACUUCUUAUCUGCACGAGAUACACAGGGCCAUGGUACUCAUACUGCUUCUACUGCAGCCGGGACACCUACACAAAAUGUAAGUUUUAGGGGACUAGCUGGAGGAUUUGCAAGAGGAGGUGCUCCAUUGGCAUGGAUAUCUAGUUAUAAAACAUGUUGGGGUGCCGGUGAAUGUGCCUCAGCAGACGUUCUUGCUGCCUUCGAUGGCGCUAUUUUUGAUGGAGUGGAUGUGCUUUCAUUAUCACUGGGCGAUGAAUUACCGCCUUUUCCUACUUAUGUUGAGGAUGUUUUGGCGAUUGGUUCCUUCCAUGCAAAUGCAAAAGGAAUUUCUGUAGUUUGCAGUGCUGGGAAUUCUGGUCCAUUGCCUCACACAGUAGCAAAUACCUUUCCAUGGGUCUUAACCACUGCUGCCAGUACUAUUGAUAGAGUUUUUCCAACAUCUAUUACCAUGGGCAACAACAAGACUGUUUUGGCCCAAGACCACCCAAUACUGAUAUCAGAGCUUAUGGUUUCUCCCUGGGAUGCUGGGCAUGUGGUGCUGCCAAUUUGUCCUAUGGUACAAAUUAGCUAUCCAAAAACAACUGUGGGGAAAAAGACUUCCCCAAAAGUAGCAAUCUUCUCAUCUCGAGGACCCAAUUCAGUAGCCCCCUACGCUUUAAAGCCGGACAUUGCCGCUCCGGGAGUCAAUAUAUUGGCUGCCUGGUCUCCUGCCGCUGGAGGCAAUCUGUUCAACGUGGAGUCUGGAACAUCCAUGUCAACUCCUCAUGUAGCAGGCAUUGUUGCCCUUUUAAAAGCUAUCCAUCCUAGUUGGAGCCCUGCAGCCAUUAAGUCUGCACUAGUCACAACUGCUUCAAACAAGGAUAUAUAUGGUCAAAGACCCAUUUCUGAGGGUUUUCCGAAUAAAUUGGCCGACUUAUUUGAUUAUGGUGGCGGUUUUAUUAAUGCUAAUCAAGCCAUGGAUCCUGGUCUUAUAUACGAAAUUGAAGCUUCAGACUACGCCAAGUUUCUUUGUUCUAUGGGCUACAGUGAAAUUGAGAUCGGCAAGAUGACCAAUAUAAAAAAUCCAUGCAAUAAUGAAACCAACUUCCUCAUAAAUCUUAAUUUACCUUCUAUUUCAAUUCCUGACCUAAGGAAUAGUAUAACAAUAUCAAGAACCGUAACGAAGGUGGGUCCGGUAAAUUCAAUAUACAUUGCUCGAGUUCAAGCUCCAUCUGGCAUAUUUGUGAAAGUUCAGCCAUCAAUCUUAUUUUUCAACUCUGAGAAGAAGCAGCAGGAGUUCAAGGUGACAUUAAAUCCCCUACAAAAUAUUCAAGGAGAUUAUGUUUUUGGAUAUCUAUUUUGGGAGGAUUUUAUACAUCAAGUCAAGACACCAUUAGUCAUUCGACAAAUAAUUGAUUAUUGA